AUGGAAGAUUUCAUAACAACAGCGCGAGCAGAAUUAAGAAAAUUUGAUAAUAUUCUUAACAAUGAUAUUGAAGAAUUUAAUACAAAAUUAAAUUCAACUCGAGAAGAUGUUCAUAAUUAUAUUCAACGACAAAUUCAAUAUUUGCUCAAUUUUGAAAAAGAAUAUGAACAAGAAUGUGAUUAUCUCGAUGAAGAAAACAAAAAAACAUGUAAAAAUAAUCGACAACAAUUUGAUAAAUUAUGUAUAUCAAUAAAUCAAAACGAUAAUAAUUCAAUAAUAGUAGAAAAAUUACUGCACGAUUUUCAACAAACAUUUCCUAUGAGACCACUUAUGUUGAAAUCUAUUCCUGAAUAUUAUUUUAAAGAUAUCCAUAUAAAUGAUUUUAUUCAAAAACGAAAAGUAGAUCAAAACGAAUUUGAAAACAACGUCUUAACAUUACCAACACAUGAUUAUAAUUCAUUGUCUACUAUGACAAAUGAUGACAUUUUAACUGAGAAUAUCAAAUCAAAUCAACAUUUAUAUUUAAAUGAUCAAUCCGAACUUUUAUGCUCAUCUAAUCAAUCACCACCUAUGAACGAACGUUCAUUUAUUCCUAUUGAAUCAUCACCAACUGAUGAUAGACAAAGUUCUCAAAUAGUAUCUGGUUCAAUAGGUUUUUCACACCAUAAACAACUUGCUUCGCAAAAUAAUGAAAUUGGCAUUGAACCACAAUCUCGUUUAGUUUCAACUUGUUCAACCAUAAAUGAAGCUGAUACAAUGAUUCAUCUUUUAUUUAAAAUUCCUUAUCAACAUAAUCGAAAACCAUACUUAAUAGCUUAUCAUGAAGAUGAAAACUAUUUAAUCAUUUAUUCAUUAAUUUCUUGUCAAUUAGAAUGUUUAUGCCUUAAAUCUCGUCAAAUCUCUCUUAUUAAUUUACCAUCCAACGAACAUUUAUUGAAUCUUGGUUAUUCAACAAAUUAUCAUUUAUUCUACUUUAGCAGUCAAAAAACAAAGAAUUUUGUAUUAUUUCGUUUAAAUCAACAACAAAUUGAAUUUGAACAAGAAAUUAAUUUAAUCAAAAACAAUGAUGAACUUAUAAGUGUACAUAUGUAUGAAAAUUUGGUAUUCUUUUUAUAUACAUCCUCAUCUAUAAUUAUGCUUGGCAAAUAUGAUAUAGAAAAAUCAUCUUUUAUGUCUCCAUUUAGUUUUGAAAAUAAUCUUUAUGAUGAUAUAGAACAAUCUAAAUAUGAAAUAAUUGAUUUUGCAAUUAAUAAUUUCUACAUAAGUUUUUUAGUUCGUUUAAAAAAUAAACGUAAGUUUAUGAUUAUUAUACAUGAUUCUGCAACUAUGGAUCGACUUCAUUCGUUUGAUUUAAUUGACGCAAUUAAUCCAUUAACAAUUAUUUCAACUGAUAAAAAAUCGAAAUCGACGGCGACAACCACAUGUAAUGACCAUAUUGAAUUAUUAUUAUUUGUCAAUGAUCCAAAAAGUCAUUUAAUACAUUGUUGUACUCAUCAACAAUAUCUUAUACCAAUUCAAGUGAAUGCCUUUGGGAUUUGUCCAUUAAACAAUGGAAAUCUAGCUUUAGUUGCAAGUAGAGACAUUCGAGGAUUAAAAGUUCAAGAUUAUCUUCAAGAAAAUAAUAUUCAUUUUGAUUGA